CAAAUACAAUAAAUGUGGCUCAAACCAAACCAAACUUAUCUCCGACUGUAAUCAAGCACAAUUGAUUGCAAGAGCCCCACUAUCUCUAUAGCCCUACCUUCCGAACCGCCACCCUUGAAACGCGGGCCCCAGUUUCGCCAUCCAUUAUCAAAUCAACAUGGGCGUGGUUACCGAGUAUCUAGACGCAUAUCCCAUCGCGGACGAAGCUCCGAUCGAGCUCCAACGUGAUGAGGAGUUGCUCUUUGGAAAAGCUCAAGUUGGUCCAAUCCGACUUUUACAGCACGAGUUACUCGGCGCCGUCCACUUCCCUGUGGAAUUCGUCCCUGCCAGAUUUUCACCUCCGCGAGGCAUCUAUGAGUGUGACCAUAUCCGACUAGAAUGGCAGCAGAUGGGCAACUUCCGACAGCCCUUCUAUCACCGUAAUGCCGAUGUCGACGAGGUGUCCUACCAGAUCUUUGGAGAUCGCACACUUAUGACCGAACAUGGCACCGUCGAGAUAAGACCGGGAGACUAUUCACGGAUCCCAGUUGGUGUUGGACAUGAUAACUAUGGAAGAAAUGAAAUUCAUCUGCUCUUUUAUAUCCCUGCCUCUGUGACAGAGUGUGGACCAUUUGCGAAGAAGGCAAGCCAUACCAUUCCCCCAUUUGAGGGAUGGGAGAGCAAAGUGGUCGCUGAGGUCAUGACGGAAUGUUUGGGCGGACCAGAAUGUGACAUUGCUUCCUUCCAGGUUGAUGAGACGCUACUCCUAAAUCAUGCAAAGGGUCUUCCUGAGGACAAGCUCAUAUCUAUCCUACGACCAACGGAGGCAUCGAAGGGGGACAUCGAAUGGAAGUAUAAGUCAAAGCAUGUCUGGAUCGGGCAUACAGAAUUAUCGAAAUCAACUGGUACUCCAAAGUAUCGACGCCAUCGUCGAGCCGAAGAGAUCCAAUGCCAGAUUUCCGGUACGCGCACUGUGAUCACACAGCGGGGAAUUAUCACUCUUGAGCCAGGAGAUUUCAUCAGCAUUCCAAACGGAGUUGCCUUCACAGACCAUGUCACAGACAAUAGCACCCAUAUUACAGUUCUCACGUUCAAUGAAGCCGAAGCCAAGGGUGACAUCGUUAAGCGUGCUAAACCAGCUACCACGGAAGCGAUUGCGGAACUUCGACACGUCUGAGCAUCUUAUAUGAUCCUCAUCAGUAUUAGGUACUUAGUACAAUAAAGACGGGCUAUAAAUGUAAUAUACGGUCUGUGAAGGAC